AUGGCUACUCAAGCAAAUUCUGUUCCUCACCCUACAAUUGUUAAGGUUGACCCGUUUGUCCCAGCAGACCAACAGAAGGGAAUUCAUAACCGAUGGCACCCAGAUAUUCCUACAUUCGCUACCGUUAAACCCGGACAGGUGUUCAAAGUUGAGUGUAUGGAUUGUACCGGUGCACAAAUCGGCAAUAACGACAAUAGUGAUGAUGUCAUGAACACCGAUUUAAGGCAAGUUCACUACCUUUCAGGUCCCAUUGCAGUCGAGGGGGCAGAACCUGGAGACUGUUUAGUGGUCGACAUUCUGGACGUGACUCCGUUUGAGAAAAUGCCGUGGGGAUAUACUGGCAUAUUCGAACGCAAUACCGGUGGUCUCUUUGCGCGGGAAUUCAACAGUAAGGCUGCGAAAGCCAUUUGGGACUUUCAUGGAGUGUAUGCGACUUCGCGACAUGUCCCUGGUGUCCGAUUCGCGGGCGUGUCACACCCAGGUCUUAUUGGUACCGCACCGUCAGCGGAACUGCUCGCUACCUGGAACAAGCGAGAAGGAGCAUUGAUCUCGGAGCACCCAAACGCUGUUCCUCCUGUUGCUUUCCCACCCGAUCCUAACGGAGCGUACGUUGGACAAGACAUUGACACGAAGGUCUUGGAGAAGAUAGUUAACGAGGGCGCAAGGACGAUUCCAGGCCGCGAGCAUGGCGGAAACUGUGAUCCUUCGCCCAUUGAUCCCCUCUACUCGCAGAAGCUAAUUUUUGAAGGUAUCAGCGUUGACUGCCACGGAGAUGGAAAACAAUACAACAUGGAUGCUACUGUUGCCUUCAAGCAGGCCGCUCUGAAUGCCAUUAAUUAUCUGCAGAAAGUACGACAUCCCCUCCGCGUGCAGCGUGCUUCGAACUGA